UGCCGUAUGUCACCGUUCUUGUACAUUAUUCUGUCAAGUAAAUAAAGCUUUAGUGUAUUUGUAUGGCUGUGCAAUGAUAACAACUGAUAGUGACUUCAUAUAAACUGUGAAGAGUACGUUCACAACUCAACAGUAACUCGAGAGCGCACAAAAUGGUACUGUUUUAUCUAAGUAUUUUUGUAUUACUUUACGCUUUUUAUUUAUUUUCAAAAAGAAAACACAAUUAUUGGAAACAAAAAGGUGUAAAAAGUCCCGAUCCUAUGCCAGUAGUUGGAAAUUUUGGGAAAGUGAUGUUACUCAAGGAAUCUGUGCAAAAAUUGUUUCAAAACACGUAUAAACAAUACCCAAAUGAAAAAAUUGUUGGCUUAUAUAGAGGAUUUACACCGAUGCUGUUAUUAAGAGACCCAGAAUUAAUAAAGCAAGUGUUAAUUAAAGACUUUCCGUUAUUUCAAGACAGGGGCAUGAGCACUAGCCGCAGUAAACUCGGUAAAAAUUUGUUUGAAGCUGAUGGUGAAACCUGGAGAAUACUAAGGCAAAAAUUAACCCCUGUGUUCACCUCGAAGAAACUUAAAGACAUGAUACCACUUGUAGAACAGUGUGUUGAGAAUUACAUCAAAUAUGUGGAACAUCUGACCGAAAAUAAUAUCAACCACGAAAUUAGAUCUUUGCAAUCAAAGUACACUUUACAAGUGAUUGGCUCGUGUGCUUUUGGACUGCAAUUAGAUACUUAUAAUGAUAAUGAAGAUGAAUUUAGCAUAAUGGCCAAACGAAUAUUUAAUCCUACAACUUUUUCAAGAGCUCUUAUAUUGCUGGAUAUGAUAAUACCUGGAGUUAGAAAAUUGUUUAAUACAGCAUCGGACUUACAAAAUUUCUUUUUAAACCUUGUGUCAAAAGUAAUCAAACAACGAGAACAUGAACCAAUGAAGCGCAAAGAUUUUAUGGAUCUUAUGAUAGAAUUAAGAGAACAAGGUAAAGUAAGCCGAAAGAGUGAAGAUGGUAUAUUAGAAAUAGAUAUGAAUGACGGAUUGAUAGCUGCUCAAGCAUUAGUGUUUUAUGCUGCAGGAUUUGAAACAUCAUCGGCGACAAUGUCCUUCAUGAUUCAUGAACUAGCGUUACAUCAAGAUAUACAAAACAAAGUUUAUGAUGAAAUAUGUAGCGUAACUGCUAAGCAUAAUGGCAAAAUCAAUUACGAUUGUAUUAAGGAAAUGACGUAUCUCGAAAUGGUGUUCGACGAAACGUUGCGUAAACAUUCCGUGGCAGGACUCUUGAUACGUAAAUCGUUAACAGAUUACACUUUGCCGGGCGUCAAUGUGUCCAUUUCUAAAGGAACACCAGUAUUAAUAUCCGUUUCAGGACUACAUUGGGAUGACCAAUAUUACAAAAAUCCUGAAGUUUUCGAUCCAGAAAACUUUUCUGCAGAAAGAAAAAUCGCACGCCCGCCUUGUACUUAUCUGCCUUUUGGAGACGGACCACGCAAUUGUAUUGGUAUGCGUUUUGCAAUAGUGCAAUCAUUGAUGGGAAUGGCCGCAUUUCUCAGGAAAUUUAAAGUAGAGCCAAGUAGUAGAACCAAAAGUGCACUCGACUACAAACCAACAGGAUUAACUUUGGAGAGCAAAGACGGAAUAUGGGUGAAAAUUGUAAAACGAACGCCAGCAACGCAAUAACAAUCACUUGGAUAGCCAUUUCCGGUGGCCUAAGUAUAUGUUUGGAGUUUGAACUUGGAAGUUUCAAAGGUCGCUAAAUAAAGAGGCUGCUUGAACCAAUUUUAUUUCAAAACUAGACUAAGCGAACAAAUUAUAAAAUAGGCAACAUUCCAGUUCCAAAUACCUUCUUACCGUUUAAGAUUUUCUUUUAAUGUUUCUUUUAUUUACCUAUUUUGAGACAACUUCCUCUAGAUUUAAAUGCCUAAUUUUGUUGAUUUUUUCAAUUCUGGUACCUACAGAAAUAUCAAAAAUGAUCUCCAAAGAAAAGUUGAAUAUUAUUCGUGAACUAUAAUGUGAAAUGAAACACUCAGUAUAACCAACAAGAAGAAAAAAACGGUUUGUAGUAAAAACAAAAGUAAAAACGGGUUGAAAAGGUGCGAAUCGUCAUAUUAAAGGGUGCGCAAAUUCAAGGGAAACGAGGGACAUAAGGUAGGUAAUGUCGAGAUGUGAUUAAUUUAAUACGCCUCGUUAACGCCGUGAGCCGGGCUACCAAAUAAAAUUAAUAUAGAACUAUUCACCUGUUAUAAGGCAAAACAUUAUUAAUAAAUUCAAAAUGUACAUAAAUAUAUAAAAGCAAAGGAAUUGCUAUCAUAAUGUGUACAUAAUAAGUAAGUAGUCUCUGUCCUGUCGCUAAAAUAUAAUAUACGUAUAUGUAUGUACAUAACAUUAUGUAGCUAUAUUUAAAAAUAUUAUGUACAUAAUAUUUUAUUUAUUUACAAUCAAUCAUUUGUCUUGUAAUUGAAUGAUUGAAAAGAGAAUGUUUAUUCCAUUUUAUAAUAAUUAGUACCAAAUAUGCAUAAUAAGAAAAUCUUGAUGUUGUUUUCAUCUGUCUAAAAGUUCAAGCGACCCUUGUUAUUUUCCAUGAUGAAGGUAUGCUUGUUCCUGUGCUUUCCAUAUUUUGUGAUGGGGCUGUGCGGUGACUCGGCUCUUGUUUAUGAAUUUUCUGGAUAAUGAGAGUUCCUAACCUCGUCGUGGAUGUUACAGAAUUCCACAAAGUUGAGGCUUCAAUAACUUAAAAAAUAGCGAUCAUUAAGCUGCUCAGAUUACAUCAUUAGAAACGUAAUGUUUAUUCUGAAAAGAUGCGCAUGUUCUGCUUAUUUUCAAGAAAAAUUUAGACAGGUUUUAACUUCUGAGAAUUUUCAUAUAAACAAUUUACGUUCAUUUAGGAAGUACAAAGAAUAAAAAAAAAACAUAUUUUUCUUUAUUUUUUAUCCUCUCUCUUCCUUUAUGUUUCCAAAUAUUGAUAUAAAGCCGAUAUUAAUUAAAAUAAACUCCAAGCGCCCGAAACCUUAAAAAGAUUAUGUCAAAGUGUAUAAUUUUGGCAGCGUCUCUUGCUACCAAACAAACUGGUGAAGUAAGCUGUUGUUACAGACUAAAUAAAUUGCAGGAUUUUUAAAGGCUUUACGCGCUUUGAUCAAUGAGGAAGGAAUUUCAACGUGUAACGAAGGAUCUCUUUUGUCAUUGUCUUGCUUUAGCACGACGUGUAUAUUGCUGUCUUGUUCACGUCAUAUUAGGAAGCGGUAAACAGUUAACUGUCAAUUCUUAUUAGGAAUCGUUUCGUUUCAAAUUUAGUAGUUAGGUAGCUCGUA